GUUCUUUCACGCCGGCGUCCUCUUCUCUCGUGGAGCUCAUCUGCGCGAUCUGACCAACAGGUUGGUAGAAUUUCACAUCCCGACAUUCGUCUGUCAGCUGAGGAUAAACUGCUGGAAAACCCCACUGACGGUGCUCCCGUCACCCAUCCUGCAGAGUGUCUUCUUUGGUGAUCAACACACCAGUAAGGCAUGGCUGCAACCAUGCGAGCCUCUGUGUCGGUACUGCUCGUGGUGCUGCUGGCCAGCAACUGGGGGGUGAAGGCAGAGCUGUUCACAGCGCUUGCUGACAUGGAGGAGCUGUUGGAGACAGAGGCCGUGCUGAUGCGCACCCUCGAGGGCUACAUUGAGGCACAGGAGGAGAAGAUGCAGCGCCUCAGGAGGCAUUAUGCUGAAUAUGCAAAGGAGCAUGAAGAUGCAAGUCGUGAUAUUCAAGGUUAUUUAUCAAACCCUAUCAAUGCUUAUCUUCUUGUUAAGCGACUGACUACUGACUGGAAAGCUGUGGAAGCACAAAUGGUUGACGAUGUUGGCUCAGGAUUUGUUGAAAAUAUUACACAAUACAGGAACGUGUUAAAGUUCCCAUCUGAUGAGGAUCUAAAUGGAGCUGCUGUGGCAUUAAUGAGACUGCAAGAUACAUAUAAAUUAGACACAUCAUCUGUGGCUCGUGGAGAACUGAAUGGUGUGCAGUACAGUACAGAAAUGUCUGCUGGUGACUGCUUUGAACUGGGUCGACAGUCGUACAAUAAUGGUGACUUUUAUCAUACCGUACUUUGGAUGCAAGAAGCUCUUGAGAGGCUUGAAGAAGAAUACAACAAAACAGCUGUGAGAUCCGAUAUUCUUGAGUAUCUGGCAUUCUCCACAUAUAUGCAAGGUAAUGUGCAAAGGGCAUUAUCACUGACAAAUGAGUUACUGGAAAUAGUCCCUGGUCAUCAGAGAGCCCUUGGUAACAAAGCAUACUAUUUACGUGACAUAGAAAACAGUGAGAGUUUGAAACGUAAGGGAGAUGAUGGACAAGGAUCUAUUCAUGCUGAGCAGCCAGCUAUAUCAGAAGAGAAACUAGAAAUACGGGAAGAUGAAUUAUCAGAAAGAGAUCUGUAUGAGAUGCUGUGCCGUGGUGAAGUGGAUUUGCCAGCAUCAGUGGCUGCCAAGUUACAUUGUCGCUAUGUUGAUAAUGGCAUUCCUUUCUUGCGACUCGCUAGAUUAAAGAUGGAAGAAGCUUACUUGAAACCAUUAAUUGUAAUCUAUCAUGAUGUCAUAUACGAUUCAGAGAUUGCGACCAUCAAACAAACUGCACAACCUAGGUUCCGGCGAGCAACUGUGCAAAACUAUAAGACAGGCGAACUGGAGACAGCUACUUACCGCAUCAGUAAGUCAGCUUGGCUCAAGGAUGAAGAACACCCUCAUGUGGCAGCCGUCAAUCAGAGAGCACAAGAUAUGGCAGCUCUUACUAUCUCUACUGCAGAAGAGCUACAGGUGGUCAAUUAUGGUAUUGGUGGUCAUUAUGAGCCUCACUUUGAUUUCGCAAGGAGAGAAGAAACAAAUGCAUUCAAGAGCCUGGGAACUGGAAACAGAAUAGCUACUGUGUUGUACUAUAUGAGUGAUGUGCCUCAGGGUGGUGGCACAGUAUUUCCAUCAAUAAAAGUGGCACUGUGGCCUAAGAAAGGCACAGCUGCCUUUUGGUACAAUCUGCACAAGAAUGGAGAAGGAGAUUAUCUCACAAGACAUGCAGCAUGCCCAGUUCUCACAGGAUCUAAAUGGGUUUCCAAUAAAUGGUUUCACGAACAAGGCCAGGAGUUUCUCAGACCCUGUGGACUGUCACCAGAGGAGUGAUUCUUCUUUGAACUGGACAAGUGUUCUCUCCAGUAAAGUCAUGUAGAAAGCUUUACAUCGUGCCAUAUUUUGCACUGUAAACAGCAGAGCAGGAUUUCAAACAUGCCUGCACUGAUAAGUGUAAUGGAUGCUUUCCCAACGCAGUGUUGCUGCACUUGACAUUUAUAAUGUUGAAAAUUUAGUCAGAUUUCAAUAUUGUGUUGGGAGGCUAUUCAGAUACUGUUGCAAAAACUUUCCACAUAUUUGUGAAUUUUAAUGAUAUUUAUCACAUAAAAAUGAAUGUAUGUCUUUACCUUUCAUAUUGUUAAGGUAAAUUUGUCAUUAAUUGGUUUAAAACCUCUAGAUGUUUUUGCAUUCCUUUAUAAAUUAUUGUAUAAAUAAAAAUACUUAUUUUUUCUGUCA